CCUACGUUCUCUUCCUUAUUAAUCACUUCGAGGAUGUCAGAGUACAAAGUACUCAUCCACUGGUUUGGUAAAUGCCCGUUGGGUGGCUUGUUCUUGGAGCUCUCCUAGUUCAUAACUAUUCGUGGAUGCGCCCCGAUUCCUCCGCAAGGCAUUCACCACACGCCAUUCCGACAACGUUCACCAGUAUCCGCCUUCCCCCCUUCCGUACCUCAAGGACUGCCCAUUUAUUGGAGGCCAGUGAGAAUAUCGGAGUCACCAGCAUCGAGAAUGGCCAUGGUGGCGCAACGGAACAGCUUACCGCAGGCAGUACCAAGCUCGAUCUAUGAGCGGCGAAUGUUAGCAUAAUGGAUCUGGUCGAAACGUGCAAUGCUAUGCGCAAGCGUCGCCAAGGGGGGUGUGGUUGGUGUCGACUCACGUUAUUGCCGGAGAAGUGGUGGACAGGAGUCUUGGCCAGCAUGGCGUAGUACUCCAGUUCGGACUUGCGGAGAGGGGGAGUGUUGGCAGCGAUGAUGACCAGCUUGGCCUUACCGGAGCGCAGAGUCUUCAUGGUAGACUUGACACCCAGGGUGACCUUACCGGACUUCAUCACCAGAGCGAGCCUGGCGUUGAUCUAGAAUUGCGACGUUAGCGAUCCGAUAUUGAAGCCUUUGAAGAUCGCGAUCGGGUCGACCAGUGAUGUCGAUGGGGUUGACUCACGUUGUCGGAACCCUUCUUGGACUUCUUGUUGGGGGCCAUCUUUACGCUUUGAAGUACAAGACUUCAAAUUGAUAUAGAAUUGUGGGUAAAGAAAUGCGCUCCGGCCGGCGUGGAUAGUAGAAGGAAGAGAGCCGCGCGAAUGAAGCCAAACUGCAGAAAUGUGCAGACUACUUCGGAGGGCCCAGUUACUCCGCUCCGUGAGCUGACCGCCUGCAGAUUAAGAUUACCUCACAGCCCACGUGACCGUUGACUUUGGUGGGGCCAGUUCUGAAACCGACAAGUAGUGCCUCAGGCGGGACGAUCCCGUAAUUUACUGGGGCUCCAGAGUAAUUCCCUCGGAGAUUCGACUCGAGGUUCCAGCUCGACAUGAAUGUGGCAAUUCAUGGUCUGGCCAAUAUGAUGCGAUGCACAUUUCGGUCCACCAUUCUUGUCUGCUAGGUCGAUGUUGAAAUCUCCAUUCGAGUACCUUUGGCGUAGGCUAUCUGCGUAUCUAUUCAUAUCAAUACAUGUGUACCGUGUAAAUGCAUAACAUGAUCCUACAAGUUGUUGUCCGGGUUUCCUAUGAAACGCAAGUUGCGGUGUUUGAUAGGCUUGCAGGGACCCGGCCGUUCGCAGUUUGUUGUCCUCGAAAGCAUCCCGGGCCACUCAAGACGAUCCUCAUCAUCCACCCAGUCUCAUCUUCUCUUCUGAAGCCCCCUAUGUCUAUUUCUCGGUACUCACAUCUUUGACUUUCUUCACCCUCGUAUCUUACCCUCCCGGCCCCAAAAACCACCGUGGCUACUCUGGUAUUUUUAGAAAUACAGAGCCCAGAGCGUUACUCCAUACUACUCCAGACAGAGUAAGGAGAUCCCGCAUUCCGCAGCAGAAUAAUAAAAAAAGAGCAUUCCCGCCAAUCUCUCCUACCUAUCGUCGCAUCAUUCGCAUCAACCCCCCCAAGACGAAAAGAGAUCAACCUAAACCCAAGCCACCGGCAAGGCGGCCCACUCGCCCUUUUUUUGACCGCUUCCCCCAAUUGAUCCACGACCACCGACGCCCUCCUCCACUCCAAAACCCUCCGGACGGCAGUCUAUUUUCGGACUCUGAAAGGAGAUUCACCCAAGGUUCGAACCAGCCCCAUUUGCUUUUUAUAUACAAUCAUCGGUGCCACGGGCCCCGGGACCCUGCACAAUGUCAGCAACGCCUCGCAAGCCUGGAACCCCCGGCAGUUCCAGCAAAUCAUCGACCGCAGAUCCGCCCUCAACCAACGGGUCCACCACACGAGGACAUGCACGCUCGCCCAGCGCCGCUACCAACGGUCUUAACCGCUCCCCUUCCCUCCGAGGUUCUACACCCGUUUCUGCGCGCGCCGCUGCACGAAAACCCGGCCGAUCAAAUCUGAGCAUGUCCAACGUCCCGCGGAUCAACAACGACCCCUCCGACGAGGAGGCGCGGGCCCAAAAUGCCGCUCUCAUUGAGGAGCUGCGGGCGCAGCUCCAAAAGGCCGAGAUGGCCUCUGAACAAUACCAGAAGCAACUAGGUGUCUUGCAAAUGCGUCUCGACGAGGCCGUCAGUGAGCAAGGAAAGUUGGAGGACCAGACCCACGAGAAGGAUACCCGACUGGAGGCGCUGAAUAACGAGGUUCGGGAUCAGGCUCGCCAAAUUCGGGACCUGGAACAGAACCAUGAGUUGGAGCGGAAUGCGAUGCUGCAGGAGAAGGAGCAACAGACGAGUCGGGAGGAAGAGUUGCAGGCCACUAUCCAGCGCCUGAAGGACUCGGUGGCGCAGAAAAGCAUACCCGUUAACGCAGAGGGUGAGCGUCAGAUUUCCAGAUCCUCGAGCUUCCGUAACAGAUCCUCACCAGAUGUCGAUGGCCAGUUCGCCCCUUCGUCGCAUCUCGAGCGCAGCCCCUCCCGCAACAAUUCCAACCUUCUUCUCCAGAAAGAUAAGCUUAUCGAGUCUUUGCGACUCGAAUUGGCUGAACACCAGAUUAAAUUGGUGGAGAUGGAGAAUGCAGGUGGGGGUCGUCAACGCGAGCUCGAGAAGGAUCUUUUGGAGGCUCGGAUGGCGAACGCUCGUCUCAUGGAAGAUAACGAGAGUUAUCAACUCUUGCUUAGCGAGAAGACUCUCACCGGAGACUUCCAUAAGGGUGACUUUAUGCAGCAUGUUCAUCCCGAUAAGCAGUCUAGCGGUGGGUUAGGCUCUCUAGCAGACGAACUCGAGUCUGUGGAUGAAGCACCAGAGACCGAAGCUGGUAGCAAAAUGGACGCCGAAAUUAAGGCGCUCAGAGAUCAGAACAAGGCUCUAACACUCUACAUCGAGCGGAUCAUCAGCCGCGUGUUGCAGCAUGACGGUUUCGAGCACGUUCUUGAUCGGAAUGAGGACGAAGGUGGUUCCAAGGUUACCAAGCUCGGAGAGAAGGAGUUGCCCCCUACGCCUCCAGAGAAGGAUGAUGCACCCAGUCAGUCCUUCCUACAGCGGGCCAAGUCUGUUGUUGCAGGACCUCCUCGCUCCCAGCCUCGAUCCCGCCCAACUAGCAUGAUGCCCCCUCCCUCGUUGCCACACACCAGUGCCAACGAGAACCCGGAUACGGCACCCAGCAUCCCCAUCCGAACCCAGUCAGUGCGGGCUAACCACCGUCGUACUCGCUCAGAGCAAGUCGAUCCGAAUGCCGCUUCUGUGAUCGGGCAAAUGUACCGUGGCCGGAAUUCUGGUGGACCGAUGAGCCCGACUGCCAUGGGUCCCGGGUCGCGCCAGAGCAUGUUCUCCGGCGCUGCCAGCUACAUUUCCAGCCGCGCGCCAUCAAUGUCUAGUCAACCCGAUCGGGGUGGACGCAGCAGCUCGCCUAGUGUGAUCAGCGACAUUCACGGCGACACCAACUCAACGGGGGCAACAUCGAGCCCUCCUCGCUCUAGCAGCGGCAUGAACAAUUACACGGGCGCAGUAAUGACUCAGAACAAACUGCGGCCACUACGUCUGGUCAGCGACGCCGCCAAGCUGGAAGAAGAAGAGGCCGCUCGCAAGAAAGCCAACCGCGCGAGCUGGAUCCCGGGUUGGUUCAACCGUCCUACUAACCCGGACGAGCAGCCACAGUCGCAGCUACAGUCGCAGCCGCAGCCUUAGAAAUCUUUGAUCAUCAAUGUUCUAUCCAUUGAACGCUGAUCAAAGAGCUGCUUUUACGUGGCUCUCAUAGACUGGAUGACUUGACGUGAUCUCAAACCUGUCUUUACCAUGUUUACCAUACCCCUGUUCUUUGUGAUGCACAUAAUGUCCCAUGUCUUGAAAUGUAUGGUUCGACCUCGAGGAGUAUGUCGGGUUGAUCUGCAAGAAUUUGAAUUCGAAAUGUCCCCUUUCUUCUAUUUCCAGUUUGCCCCCGCGGUUACGUAAGGCUUUUAUUACCUUUCUUCAAUAGUCUUACUUCCCUGGUGGAUUCCGAUGUAUUUUGUUAUCUUUUUUUCAUUUGGCUAUGGUUGGCAUGUCUGGACCAUCAUCUUGCUUUUAUAGUAUACCCCCUCUAUUUUAUGUCUACUACAAACGUUGACCUCAUAUCUGACACGUAGUUGCCAGUAUCUUAGGCUCAUGCUAUGUUACUCUGCUUAUGCCUC